UGACAGAUAUAAAGAAGCGCGUGCUUCGAUUAGUUUCAGUUACUUUCAUCUUUCUCCAGUAUCGCAGGUGUCGAUACGCUAGAGUUUCGAAGAACGUACCAUCGACUCAAAGAAGGAAACAUUUGAUCGAGUUUCGAACAAAAGGAGUUGAAAGCUUCGAAAUGAAAUUUCUCCUCGGCGUCUGCAGCAUUUGCCUGAUUGUCGCGUUUGUCGUGGCUGGCAUACCACUGCCGCAACCAGGCGAUCCUCAAAGUAAUCUCUCAAAAAAUUGUCAGAUUCCAAAAUGUCCUGUCGUGAAAACCACGAACGGUGAAGAGAGGGUUAUUACUUUGCCGUAUCCUCUGGACUGUUUACAGUACGUUGAGUGCAAAGGAUCGGUGGCGACUGUCCUACCCUGUCCACCCGAUGAAGUCUUCGACAAGAACACCUUCACCUGCGGGCCAAAGAGUAGAGUGCAUUGCGUGCCCUGUUAUCAAGAAGUGCCUUGAAUCCGCUCCAUCGUCUUCCCGACUACUCUCGCACUCUGCCUGGCGUUCGGAAAAAUUCACAAAAUGUACCAUAUCACCUGGAUAGGUCGACGAAAUGCACUGUAUUUACAAAUAAAAAUGACAUUCCUGGAA